CCAUCGUCACAUCCACUUGAAAAUGAGCUCCGCGAAAGUGCCUUCGGAAAGGAAGAGAUGCCUGACAUUGACUGUUCUGGUAUACUCAUGCGCAGUUCUCCUUACUGUCGUUCAGGCUCUGGAGUACUGGCGGCGGUACCAGACGACAUUGACGGUGACAACUUACCGAGUUGAAGAACGAUGGAGUUUCCCAGCUCCCAAGAUCACCCUCUGCCGAACGCCAUCCUUCAAGAAAGGCCUGGAAUCCAGCUUCGACGAACUCAACCUAUCUUCAUUCACAAAGGCUUUGGGAUUCAGUCCAAAAGAUAUACUUCAAUCUUGCAAAAUCAAUGGUGUCAACGACGCUUGCUUGCCAGAAGAAGCCUCCCCUGGAGACGACAUCUUCCACACCAAAGGCAAGUGUCGAAAACAACGCCACAAGAAAUCACGAAAUUGGGAGCACGAAUUAUAA